ACUGGGUCAAACUCUGUGGUCCUCUAUUCUCUCCCAAAUUUAGUGACUCUUCUGGGUCUUCUCCCAGAAAUGACGGGUCGAGUGCUAGGGCAGCCAUGAGAGCUGCAGUCCCACAGGGGGAGAACUCCUGCGGGGUUGUCUCUAAGGCCUCGCUAGGUGUCCAGUCUCUGACAUCCUGCUGCUACACACCUCUCAUUGUUGGUAGAGAAAGAGCCUUUCGAAGAGACAGGGCUUAAUGUCAGAAAGAAAGUUGCUUCUAAGCUCUAACCCUAAUGCACCAGGUUAUAUCUCUUCCCUGUUUCCUUUCACCGCCUCAUUGUUUACACAUUCCCAUGGAACCUAACUGCUGUCUCCAUAACAACCAUUAUGGUUACCUUCCCUCUCCCACCCUUGAUCACCCAGAUGGUCAUCAUUAACAGCUUCUUGUUCACAGCUCUUUGAUGGCAUGGUCACUCCUAAGGCUUCCUUCGAAGAUAGAGUGAUCCAUGACAGCUGAUGCCUUAUUGAAUGGCAACUCCCAAAAAUUCUAUAGUAUUGAUCUAUGGCAGCUGAGGUUGGACUCAGUUUGUGUUUGUUCUACAUGGUAGGUGUGUCCCAGGUCAGGGAAGCCUUUCAGAAGCAGAGAACAGCAUUUUGGACCUUGUAGAGGCCACUUGGGGCGCUUCCAGACAGCACUAAAUCACGGGUUUUAAACAGGGGCAAAAGAUCCCAGAACUUCAGAAGAGGUCCACAUACAGACCUGUUGGUCCUGGGAUUUCUGCCUCCAUUGUCCAGACUUGCUGCUUUGUUCCGAGAGUUAGAGGCUCCCAAAAUGGUUGCUGCAGGACUUCUGCCUGAAACCUCAGCGGGUUUUUUUUUUAAAAUGGCAAGAUGCAGAUUUGCAGAGAUUCAGAUAUGCGGAUCACUGCAACAGUUCCGUUCUUUGUCCUGGCCAGAGAAACUGCCCUCCAAACGUUUCAUGAAGUAUUUGCCACACAAACAAACCUAAUGGGGCAGGGCCACCUUGCCCAAGUCAGCACUGCACAAUAAAACAGGAACAGGCAAUUGUAAGCCAGGAACAGAAGUUUGUCCUUAUCUUCUACUUUUACAGCCUGGCUGCCUGGCCAUCUGUCCAGACAGAUUUGGUUGUGUACUUGUGGCAUCGAACAACAGGGCGCUGUUCCUAGGUUCCACAUGACUUUCCCUAUUAGCCACCUGCAUGACCUUGUCUCUAUAUAUUUACAUUCCUCUCCAGCACGUCCCUGUCCCAACAGCCCGUAGUAAGCAUUUGUCAUUUACGUUACCCAUGUUGUCAGCACACACCCAAUGAGGAACCAACAUGUAUAGCCUGGCAAUAUCAUCAUGUUGUUCCCUGGCGCAAGUACACUACAAAACCUGUCUUCACCGAUGGCAUACAACAAAGUGGAAAUGAAGACCCUAUGAAGUCACCACGGGCAUAAAAAGAAAAUAUCAAUAUCUAGUGGAGAUUGAGGAAUUUGGAAACCAAAGGGCAAUAAUGAAAGAAAUCCUGUGGGAAGAAGAAAUCCUCUCUAGGUGCCAAUCUUGUGGAACUCAAUUUUGAUCAGAAAGAAAAAGGGAACACUCACGUGUGCAUAUCACAAAACUGUCGACAUGGAGGAGAAACCCUAUACAUGCCUUGAGUGUGGAAAGAGCUUCAGUUGGAGGAGCAAUCUGCUACUGCAUGAAAGGACUCACACUGGGGAGAAACCUUUUAAAUGCCCGGAGUGUGAAAAGAGCUUCACUCAUAGUUCAGGCCUAUAUUCACAUCUAAGGACUCACACUGGGGAGAAACCUUUUAAAUGCCCGGAGUGUGGACAGAGCUUCACUGGGAGUUCAGGUCUACGUUCACAUCAAAGGACUCACACUGGGGAGAAACCUUUUAAAUGCCCGGAGUGUGGACAGAGCUUCACUGAGAGUUCAGUUCUACGUUCACAUCAAAGGACUCACACUGGGGAGAAACCUUUUAAAUGCCCGGAGUGUGGACAGAGCUUUGCUCAUAAUGGAAGUCUACAUUCACAUCAAAGAACUCACACUGGGGAGAAACCCUAUAACUGCCUGGAGUGUGGACAGAGCUUUACUCAAAAGGGACACUUAGAUUCACAUCAAAGGACUCACACUGGGGAGAAACCCUAUAACUGCCUGGAGUGUGGACAGAGAUUUGCUUUUAGUUCAAAUCUACGUUCACAUCAAAGAACUCACACUGGGGAGAAACCCUAUAACUGCCUGGAGUGUGGACAGAGCUUUGCUCGUAGUUCAGGACUACGUUCACAUCAAGGAACUCACACUGGGGAGAAACCCUAUAAAUGCCUGGAGUGUGGACAGAGCUAUACUCGUAGUUCAGGACUACGUUUACAUCAAAGAACUCACACUGGGGAGAAACCCUAUAAAUGCCUGGAGUGUGGACAAAGCUAUACUUGUAGUUCAGGAUUACGUUCACAUCAAAGGACUCACACUGGGGAGAAACCCUAUAACUGCCUGGAGUGUGGACAAAGCUUUGCUCAGAAGGGACACUUACAUAGACAUCAAAGAACUCACACCUGGGAGAAACCCUAUAACUGCCUGGAGUGUGGACAGAGCUUUGCUCGUAGUUCAAAUCUACGUUCACAUCAAAGAACUCACACUGGGGAGAAACCCUAUAAAUGCCUGGAGUGUGGACAAAGCUAUACUUGUAGUUCAGGAUUACGUUCACAUCAAUGGACUCACACUGGGGAGAAACCAUAUAAAUGCCUGGAGUGUGGACAGAGCUUUGUUUGUAGUUCAGGACUACGUUCACAUCAAAGAACUCACACUGGGGAGGAACCCUAUAACUGCCUGGAGUGUGGACAGAGCUUUGCUCGGAAGGGAAGCUUACAUAGACAUCAAAGGAGUCACACUGGGGAGAAACCCUAUAAAUGCCUGGAGUGUGGACAGAGCUUUGUUUGUAGUUCAGGACUACGUUCACAUCAAAGAACUCACACUGGGGAAAAACCCUAUAAAUGCCUGGAGUGUGCACAGAGCUUCACUCGGAAGGGAAGCUUACAUAGACAUCAAAGAAGUCACACCGAGGAAAAACCCUAUAAAUGCCUGGAGUGUGGACAGAGCUUUGUUUGUAGUUCAGGACUACGUUCACAUCAAAGAACUCACACUGGGGAGAAACCAUAUAAAUGCCUGGAGUGUGGACAGAGCUUUGCUCAUAGUUCAGGUCUACGUUCACAUCAAAGGAUUCACACUGGGGAGAAACCCUAUAACUGCCUGGAGUGUGGACAGAGCUUCAUUCAGAAGGGAAACUUACAUACACAUCAAGGAACUCACACUGGGGAGAAACCCUAUAAAUGCCUGGAGUGAGGACAGAGCUUCAUUCAGAGUUCAAGUCUACGUUCACAUCAAAGGACUCACAACUGGGGAGAGACCCUAUAAAUGCCUGGAGUGUGGGCAUACCUUCAAUCAUAGUGGAUAUCUACGUAAACAUCAAAGGAUUCACACGGGAGAAACCCUAUACAUGCCGGGUGUGUGGUAAGAGCUUCACGCAGAGUUCAGGUCUACGUUUACAUCAAAGAACUCACACUGGGGGGAAACCAUAGAAAUGCAUGGAGUGUGGACAGAGCUUUUCACAGAAUAACAUUAUACAUAGACAUCAUAGAAUUCAGAGAAUUCACCCUGUUAAUUGACACCAGAGUGUCAUUCUAACAUGUACAAAAGCAACUUGCAAAUUUUGGAAAUGCAAGCUCAAAGUUGGGACAUUUCAUCACAUGUGGUGUAUUGUAGAAAGAUUGAACUAAAAAUACAGUGUUCCCUCACUUAUCCCGGGGGUUAGGUUCCAGGACCACCCACAAUAAGUGAAAAUCCACGAAGUAGAGAUGCUAUAUAUUUCUACAUUAUUUUAGUAGUUAUACACUAUUUUAAGUCUUUAUCAAGAAAUCAUGUGUUGAUAAAUCGCCUCCUUCUCCUCUUGUUGCCGCUUGGGCUCCUUUUCUCUCCCUUUGGCUUCUCCUUCCUCCCUUCCUUAGGCUGUACAUUGUAAUUUAGUAUUAUUUAUAGUCGUCUUUUAGAAUUUAUUGAAAAACCGCAAAACAGCGAAUCCACAAAGAGCGAAGUAGUGAGGGAACUCUGUAUGUUCCAUUCUGGAAGUAAUUAUAUUAUCUAAAGGGAAUAGAAUAAUGAGAGAUAAAAAUUAACAGAUAGAAUUAGGCCUUUAGGCAUGUAUCCCUGUCUGUUAGUUCAGCUGUAUGAAGGUAACUGUUUCGCAGGUCUGUUUGUUUCUGAUUUAGUUUUGUAUCUCAUGUAAUAAUAAUAAUAAUAAUAAUAAUAAUAAUAAUAAUAAUAAUAAUAAUAAUAACAACUUUAUUUUUAUACCCCGCCCCAUCUCCCCGAAGGGACUCAGGGCGGCUUACAUGGGGCCUUGCCCGAUAAAACAAUCAAAUACAGUAGAGUCUCACUUAUCCAACACUCGCUUAUCCAACAUUCUGGAUUAUCCAACGCAUUUUUGGAGUCAAUGUUUUCAAUAUAUCGUGAUAUUUUGGUGCUAAAUUCAUAAAUACAGUAAUUACUACAUAGCAUUACUGCGUAUUGAACUACUUUUUCUGCCAAAUUUGUUGUCUAACAUGAUGUUUUGGUGCUUCAUUUGUAAAAUCAUAACCUAAUUUGAUGUUUAAUAGGCUUUUCCUUAAUGCCUCCUUAUUAUCCAACCUAUUCGCUUAUCCAACAUUCUGCCAGCCCGUUUCUGUUGGAUAAGUGAGACUCUACUGUAUCAAAACACAGCAAAAAAACAGUUAUCCAAUAAAAACAUCAAUUACAGUAAAAACAAUUGUUAAAAUCAACAUAAAACAUACAAUAUUAACACUGGAGACUAAUUCAUAGAACUCAGGCAAAGUGCAACAUGGGCCGAAAUGGGGAAGGUAAUUUCACAGUUGAAAUGGACAAAGUGCAAUAUAGCAUUGGCAACACCUCGAGAAUGGGGCUAUUAUAAAAUGGGCAGAUAGAUCAGUCCAACACCAAAGUAUCAAAGGCCUUUUGAAAGAGCCAGGUUUUUAAGCUCCUACGAAAGGAGAGGAGGGUAGGGGCCUGCCUGAUCUCUCUAGGGAGCGAGUUCCAAAGCCAUGGGGCCACGACGGAGAAGGCCCUCUCUCUCGUCCCCACCAACCGCGACUGCGAGGGUGGUGGGAGCGAGAGAAGGGCCUCCCCCGACGAGUGAAGAGAACGUGCGGGUUAGUAGGGGGAGAUGCAGUCUCUAAGGUAGGUGGGUCCCAAACCGUUUAGGGCUUUGUAGGUGAUAACCUGCACCUUGAAUUGAGCCCUGAAAGUAAAUGGCAGCCAGUGAAGCUCCUUAAACAGAGGCGUUGAACGCGCCCUGUAAUUUGCUCCGGUUAGAAGCCUGGCUGCCGAACGCUGUACUAGUUGUAAUUUCCGGGCCAUCUUCUAAGGCAGCCCCACGUAGAGCGCAUAGCAAUAGUCCAGUCUAGAGGUAACUAAGGCAUGGACCAUCAUGGUCAGAUCAGACUUCUCGAGGUACGGUCGCAACUGGCGCACAAGUUUUAAUUGUGCAAAGGCCCUCCUGGCCACGGCCGACACCUGAGCCUCAAGCGUCAGCCCCGAAUCCAGGAGGAUCCCCAAACUGCAGACCUGCGCCUUCAGGGGGAGUGCGACCCCGUCAAGCACAGGUUGCCACCCAAUACCCCGAUCGGACGUACGACUGACCUGGAGGACCUCUGUCUUGUCGGGAUUAAGUCUCAGCUUGUUCACCCUCAUCCAGGCCAACACAGCGGCCAGACACUGGUCCAGAAUCCGAGGGGCUUCCUUGGAUUUAGGUGGAAAAGAGUAGUAGAGAUGGCGUAGAGAUGGCACUGUACUCCAAAACUCUGGAUAACCUCUCCCAGCGGUUUCAUGUAGAUGUUAAAAAGCAUGGGGGACAGAAUAGAACCUUGCGGGACCCCACAGGUCAAUGGCCAGGGGUCCGAGCAGGUGUCCCCCAGCUUCACCAACUGGGAACGGCCCUCCAGAAAGGCCCUGCAGUACCCCCAAGGCCCAUCCCAGAGAGCCGGCCCAGAAGGAUACCAUGGUCGAUGGUAUCGAAAGCCGCUGAGAUGUCCAAGAGAACCAGCAGAGUCACACUCCCCCUGUCCAGCUCCCUGCGGAGGUCAUCCACCAAGGCCACCCAAGCCGUCUCGGUACUGUAACCAGGCCUGAAGCCAGACUGACAGAAGUAGUUAGUUUCAUGUGUAGUUGAAGCAUUAUAUACAAUUUCUGCCUUUUUUGUAAUGUUGCUUUUAAUCUCUCUUUUUUGAUUUUUAUUUUUAUUUUUUGCCAUAAAGAGGGGGAUUUAUAAGGGACAAAACUGCUGAAACCGUCAACUUGUUUUCUUCUGAACCCAAAGGUUUCCUGUUCUUUGGCUGCCGAGUGUUCAGGGAAGAGUGAGGUCUGUGAGAUGAGUGAGUAGAAAACAUGACACAAUUUAGAUAAUGGUUUGUGACACAACAACAACCCUUGUAGUAGUCAAUGGGAUAUUCUGUAUGCCUUCUUUAAUGUCAAGUAAGACAAUUUCCCCUUAUGUCUGGAGGCUCUGUCGAACUGGCUACGUGCUAGUAGACUGAAGGUGAACCCGGCGAAGACCGAGAUUCUCUGGCAUGGCCGCUCGACUGGUCUGACCCACUUGCUACCCACCUUCGAUGGUGCUGCCCUAUCUCCUUCGCCUACCGUUAAGAGCCUGGGUGUCGUUUUGGAUUCACAGCUGACAAUGGAAGCUCAGGUCGCUGCUGCCAGCAAACAGGCCUUUUCCCACCUACGACAAGCGAGGCAACUGGCACCCUAUCUAUCUGAUGAGGCACUGGCAACGGUCAUCCAUGCCACGGUCACGUCUAGGCUGGACUAUUGCAACGCCCUGUAUGUUGGCCUUCCGAUGUCCACGACCCGAAAGCUCGUAUUGUUCAGAAUGCGGCAGGCAGGCUACUCACAAGAACACCCAUGAAAUGCCACAUCACACCAGUGCUGCAGCAUCUGCAUUGGCUUCCAGCUGAUUACCGUGGUCUAUAUAAAAUGCUAGUCCUGACUUUUAAAACUCUUUACGGCCAGGGCCCAUCGUAUCUUAGGGACCGUCUCUCCUUCUCCCAUCAUCGGAGGUCGCAAUGACCAUCCCACUGAGACUUACUUUAUGUACCGGGUCCUAGAGAAGUGCACUUGGAAAGGACCAGACGCAGAGCUUUUUCUAUUUCUGCCCCUGCCUUAUGGGAUGCCUUGCCGCCCCAUAUGAGAGCCAUGCGUGAGUUGGGGCCUUUGACCCUCGCACUCAAGACCUGGCUCUUUACUAGAGCUUUUAAUCUAUGUUAAUUUUAUCAAUAUUUGUAUGUAUAUAUUUUUAUCCUUUACAAUUUUAUCUUGUAAAUCGCCUAGAGCAUCAUGGAUGGAGGGCAAUUAAUAAAUAGUUAAAUGAUGAUGAUGAUGAUAUUGUGCUCAGAUACAAAGAUUUAUAAAGGAAACACCACAAUGGAUAUAAAACAAUGGGAAGCACGGGAAGCAGAUUAUGUGUGCUCACCACACCUCACACAGAUAGGACCACGUGUGCUAUAAACAUGGAAGAUGUGAUACAUUCACACAAGAUACAGGAAUGGGAUGACUUUGUGUUACUACUGUUCAGCUAAUGUUAUGGUCUGAUGGAAAUAUAAUAGAACCCGAUAAACAAACAUUCGGUUGAAAUGUAAAUGUAACAUAACUUUUGUUCAAGAUGUUGAAACUGGGAAUUUGGUGUACGUGAUGGAGAAUGGAGACAGUGAAAUAGACUUGAAGUUUAAAAAGUUAUCCAUAAAUAUAAGAUAAGGAAUUAAUUGGGAAAAAUUAAAUAUACUAGUAAAAACGAAUCAGCAGGUGAAGAAACAUUUGGAGAGUUAUGAGGAAAGAAGUAAGAAAGGUUUUGUUAGGAUCCAAGAGGUUGAUGGAGAACGUCAGAGCGUGGCCGCAGAAGGAAGCAGCCCGACAGAACGUCACUGGUGUGAUGAAAUCAACGGAUAUUCACCCAAAGCGGCAGCAGCACGUUUACAUCUAUUGAUGCACCCAGUAGUAAGGUGAGGGCUACAAGGAGGGACUGAUCGAUUUUCUGUAUUUGAAAACAAAUUGCAAUACUUAGAAACGCAAUUGUGAACUGUGAUGUAUGUUGACUCUAUUGAGAGGGUUGAUGAGCCAAAGGGCCUGCAUUUCUUUUCUAUUUCUAUUCUAUUUCUGAUUGCUUUUAAUUAUGCAUUAUUAAGGUGUCUGCUUCAACUUAUUCUAUUAAAGAUGCAACCUGCCUUCUUCCAGAGGAGAGGCAAGUGUCCGUAUGUCGCCACUAUGUUUCCGGAACAUCUUGUGGUUAAUGUGGUUAAGCUACUUACUGGAACAUAAGUGAACAACAUGUUUUUCUACCAAUGUUGUUUAUGAUAAAGGAAGCACGCUUGCAACACUCUGUACUGCUCCAAAGAAAUGAGGAACUUCUUAGUUGUAAACAAGGGCAUUAUAUAUUGAGCUUCAUUUCCAAUGUUCUUCACGGCGGUCACCUUUGAUUUGUCCAUCCGUCUAUACUGCAGUAUAAUAAAGGUACUUGUUUUAAACUC